GGUUAUGAAUAGACAUUUAGUGUUGGGAGGGUAUGCGCCGCUUCAUGCGUCAGCCCUCACUCUGCAGGUGAAUGAAUCAUCCACACUUUAUAUAUUGUCUUUUUGGAGCUAUUUUUGCCUUUUUGUCAUCCUCGGGUCAUUCCGCACAUGACCUGGAUGGAGGUAACACGUCGUGCAUGCGUUGCCUUUGGAAUAAUUUCGCAGGCUAAGCUGCGCCCCUGAGAUCUUGUGUCAAAGUCUCGGCAGGAUCGCAGUUUUUAGCGAUGUGGAUUACUGUGGAUCGUGGAUGCUGUGGGCUCUGCUGCUGGUCUCUGCUGCUCUCUGUAGUCUGCGGGGCGCAAACUGCAAACGAGCCUAGCAACAUGUCGUAUGUGAAAGCCACCGUAGACAAGUUACUGAAGGGCUAUGAUAUUCGUCUGCGGCCUGAUUUUGGAGGCGCUCCUGUGGAUGUUGGCAUGCGCAUAGAUAUUGCCAGUAUUGACAUGGUGUCUGAAGUCAACAUGGACUACACCAUUACCAUGUACUUUCAACAGUCCUGGAGAGAUAAGCGCCUAUCCUACACAGGCAUUCCUCUCAACCUCACCCUGGACAACCGGGUGGCAGACCAAUUGUGGGUCCCUGACACCUAUUUCAUUAAUGACAAGAAGUCUUUUGUCCAUGGGGUGACAGUAAAGAAUCGGAUGAUCAGGCUACACCCUGAUGGAACUGUACUCUAUGGUCUCAGGAUCACCACAACAGCCGCCUGCAUGAUGGACCUGCGCAGAUACCCAUUGGAUGAACAGAACUGCACCUUGGAAAUUGAGAGCUAUGGGUACACCACUGAUGACAUUGAAUUUUACUGGCAAGGAGGAAGCAACAGUGGCUCAGUCACUGGAGUGGAGAACAUUGAACUGCCCCAGUUCUCUAUUAUAGACUACCAAACUCUCUCUACAAAAGCUGUGUUUGCUACAGGCUCUUACCCACGUCUGUCCCUAAGCUUCAAGCUCAAAAGGAAUAUUGGCUAUUUCAUCUUGCAAACCUAUAUGCCCUCCAUCCUAAUCACCAUCCUUUCCUGGGUCUCCUUCUGGAUAAACUAUGAUGCCUCGGCUGCCAGAGUAGCAUUAGGUAUAACCACUGUGCUGACCAUGACCACCAUCAAUACCCACCUUAGGGAGACUCUACCCAAGAUUCCCUAUGUGAAAGCCAUUGACAUUUACCUCAUGGGCUGCUUUGUCUUUGUCUUUCUGGCCUUGCUGGAGUAUGCAUUUGUCAACUACAUAUUUUUUGGUCGUGGUCCUCAUCUGCAAAAAAAGGUGGCAGAAAAAGCUGCCAAGUCCAGCAACGAGAAUAAGAAAAGACUGGAGAGCAGCAAAGUGCAGGUUGAUGCUCAUGGCAAUAUCCUCCUGACCAACCUAACCAGUGAGAUGGGAGGAACAGAUAUGAUGGGCACUCUUAACGAUGCCCGGGCUACAAUGUUCUCUUAUGACAGCGCCAGCAUACAGUACCGCAAGCCUAUGGCCAGCCGAGACCUCUAUGGACGACCAACCGUUGACCUGCCAAUGGGUCACAAGAAGGGUCGCUUGAAGAGGAGGGCCUCACAGCUCAGAGUCAAGAUUCCUGAUCUCACAGAUGUCAAUGCCAUAGACAAGUGGUCCCGUGUUGUUUUUCCAAUUGCAUUUACCUUCUUCAACCUGGUCUACUGGCUUUAUUAUGUCCACUAGGGGGGCAGUGAUGGCUGUGUGUGGCAGCCUAAUGAUUUCUUAGAACAACUACCUAGGUCUUGUUAACAAUGAAAACAGAUGAGAGGUGAGUCCAUUUUUAUAAAUCCUGUUCUUGAAUGAGUAGAACUGGAUAUCUUUGGCAACUCCAUCAUUAUGAGCAAUGAUUGGCUCUAUGCCAGAUGUGACGUAGAGCUAACCAGCAUUCAUCUUCUUUUAUUGCACUUUUUGAACAAAAAUGGAGCACAGCUUUAAUUUGCCUACUAGUUAAAAACAGCAGAGAAUAAAAGGUGCAAAAACACUUAAACUGUUCACUUGUAGUUAAUGAACAGAAGACACUGCAUCAUUGGUUUAGAUUAAAUGUAGGUUCAUUUUUUGUGUUUAUUUAUCAUUGUGUUGAUAUCCUUUUCUGACAGCCAUAUACUGUAUGUUACAUAACCAAUAAGUUACAUUGAUUUUGAAUGAUGAUAUUUUGUGCUGAAUGCUUGUGCAUUUACCUAUAUUUGCAUUGUAAACCAAAUGUGGUUUCCUAACCUUUAAUGGAGAAAAGAAGCUUUGUAUGGCUGUUCUGAGCCAUUCACUGUUAUAAUUAUUUUAUGUGCUUUUCAUUUAAAGUAAGUCCAGAACAGACAUUUUGAUGGA